AAUCUAUGGACAUAAUAACUCUCAACUCUCAAAAUUAUAUGUUUUCUCGUACUAUUUUCCCUUGUUUUCUACACCUUGGCUUCUUGCUGUAUGUUCCGUGAAGAGAUUAUCUCCAUUCCUUGUUAUUCUCUUCUCGUUCUUCAUCUUAACUGUGAAGGUAAGCUUUAACAAGGGCAGCAAGCUAAUUAUGGACAUUAGUACUACCACCAUCCUGUCUUACCUCGUUCUGUAUUCGGUCAUCUGGCUCUGCUUUUACUUGCUCACCGGGAGAUUAAGGUCCGGCCGGAGAUCAAUUCGUAUUCCACCAGGGCCAUCCCAGAUUCCGCUUAUCGGCAAUCUCCAUCAAAUUGGUCAAAAGCCUCAUCGAUCAUUUGCACAACUUUCUAAAAUUUAUGGCCCUCUUAUGUCUGUUAAGCUAGGAACCAAGUUAACCGUACUUGUAUCAUCAGCUGGCGUUGCCAGAGAAGUGUUACAAACACAUGACCGGAUUUGCUCCAGCCGUCCUAUACCCAUGGCAGCCCGUGUACUAGAUCAUCACAAGUUCUCGGUGGGAUGGCUGCCGGCUUCGGCCCAGUGGCGAAACAUUCGAAAAAUGUGCCAAGAGCAAAUCUUUUCGACUCAGAGACUUGAUCGCAGCCAGGGUCUUCGUCAGGAAAAGCUGAAAGAAUUGGGUGAUUAUCUGCGUGAUUGCAGUAGGAUUGGGAAAGUAGUCGACAUCGGUGAAGCUGCUUUCACCACUUCUCUCAAUCUGUUGUCCAGAACUCUGUUUUCCAUCGAUUUCGCCAGCUACGAUACGGAUUCAUCUCAAGAACUCAAGGAGAUCAUGUGGGCUGUGAUGAAAAGUUUUGGUACUUCCAAUUUUUCUGAUUUCUUCCCCGUCCUUCAGCUGAUUGGUUUACAAGGAAUCGCGCGUGAAGCCAGGUUGAGCUUCGGGAAAAUGUUCGAUAUUUUCGAUCGUAUUAUUAAGAAACGGAAGCUUGACAGAGGAUUACCCUCAUCAGAGACGAAGAAGAAAGAUUUGUUGGAAGCCCUUUUGGAUGAAAACAUCAAGAAUGAGUCGGAAUUCAGCAUCAAUGUCCUCAAGCAUUUGCUUUUUGAUUUAUUAGUGGCCGGAGUGGACACAACUGCAGCCACAGUGGAGUGGGUAAUGGCAGAGUUACUGCGGAACCCUGAAAAAUUAGAAAUAACCAGAGAAGAGCUCAAGCGAGUUAUUGGAAAGAAAGAAAAUGUACAAGAAUCCGACAUUUCCAGGCUCCCAUACUUGCAAGCAAUCGUGAAAGAAACUUUUCGGCUUCAUCCGCCAGUCCCAUUGCUGAUGCCUCACAAAGCUGACGAAGACGUUGAGAUCAAUGGCUACACUGUGCCAAAAGACACACAAAUAUUGAUCAACGCAUGGGCUAUAGGCAGAGAUGAAGAGACAUGGACACAACCGGAAAUGUUCAUGCCGGAACGGUUCUUGGAGAGUGAAAUCGAUGUGAAAGGGAUGCAUUUCGAGCUGAUUCCAUUUGGUGCUGGGAGAAGAAUAUGUUCGGGACUUCCUCUGGCUUAUAGGAUGACACACUUGUUGGUAGCCUCUUUCAUUCAUAAUAUCGAUUGGAAACUUGAAGGGGGAAUCAAACCUGAGGAUUUGGACAUGGAUGAAAAGGUUGGGUUGACUGUAGAAAAGGCACUGCCUCUCAAAGCCAGUCCAACGUUGUUGUAACUUGUAAGUUGCAUGUGAGUGGAACAGCUUCCUGCUUUGAUGAUUUCGUCUCAAGCCUAUGAGUACUUUCUAAGCGAACUGCACACUUCGAUAAUACAACCAGUGUACAAUGACAGUACCAAUGGGUCGCUGAUCCACCAUCGAGUGUUUUACCUUAGGAUAGCGUACCCCAGUAGUGUUGUUUAAAUCGCAAGACUUGAGCUCUCUUUAUUGUAACCAAAAAAAAUAAAUAAAUAAAAAAAAAUACACGACUAGACCAUAAUUUUACUCAUAAAUGGAAACCUGAUUAAGAUUUGUCAAAUACUCUUUAAGUAGUGUCACAACAAUACUUUUUUUUUUGUGAUGGGGUCGAUCGUGUGAUUUCAAUACCAAGAAGGCAACAAAUUACUCUGAGAAAAAUAAAAUAAGGUUCCAUGUGUCUUAUUAAAUAAAUGACACAAAAAAAAUAUGCCAACUUGUCCCAACUUGCACUCCACAUAACUAGUCCCCACCAUAAGUGGCAUCUUAACCCAGCAAGCUGGUGCAGAGUACAGAGU